GGUGGGAAUCUGCGAGACCAUGCUUCGGCGAGCCUGGUUUUGGUUUUCGCACGCCAGCCAUCCGAUUGUACAGGUCCUGUACGUGUUGUUAUUAACAUGGGCUGCUUUUCUGGCUGUUCCAAGCCUGUACACGCCUGCUGGCGUUGCUCCGACGAUCUCAGCCAAGGCGAGAUCACCAAACAGUGCUCAGUUGGAAUCCGGGCCGCCGAUCGUCGUGCUGCCUGCCCAUCUGAUCCCGGGCAAUCUCGCACAAGCUGUUCAUGCACUAGUUGGCAUCUGCAUUGUGCUGUUCUGGCGCCUGUCCUGGUCGAAUCCCGGGCGAAUCACCCCAACCAAUUUGGCCGCUCGGUUGCGCUCCUACCCGUUCGACAACUACUUUUACUGCUCUGGAGUGGCAUGCUUGCAAUGCCCACCGAUGCCAGGAGCGAAGGCGGGUCUGACGGACGCCGGCGGGCACCGCCUCAAACCAGCACGCUCCAAGCACUGCCGCGCAUGCAAUCUCUGCGUUCACCGAUUUGACCACCACUGCAUCUGGAUUAACAAUUGCGUUGGUGGUAACAAUAUUGGUCAAUUCCUGCUGUUCUUGCUCGCCAACACGGGACUGUGCAUAGCUGCCGCCGCACAUUCAGCGUGGUCGCUGUCCGCGCUCGUCCAGCACAUGAAUCUUUGGAGCAUGUGGAUUGUUGACGGUUCGGACAACAACAACCCAGUGCCCAUUGUAUGGCAUGGGAUUGUGCGGUUUAUUUUUCGUGAAAACCCUAGCAUGACAACCAUGCUAGCGAUUGCCAGUGCAAUGAUUCUGUUUACUGCCGGGAUGCUCAUCUAUCACCUCUAUCUCAUUGCGACCAACGUCACGACUUGGGAGCAUGAUCGCUUCCCAAGUCGCAAGGAGAAUCCCGCCUACUUGGACCGAUUCCCUGGCCGUUAUAGCUUUUACGAUGGUGGUGGGUUUGGAGCCAACUUUCGCGAUGCUUUAGUGACCAACGAGUAUGCGACACCAGCAAUUCUGCGAAAGUGGCGAUAACGCGACUUUUUCAGUGUCAAAACGAGAGAAUUGGAUAUUUGAAAGCUUGCAAUCAUCCGAAUGAAUUUGAAACGAGC